GCCGACCUAGUGAACCGCUUCUCGCAGAGCCGGAGACUGAUCCUGAGAGUGGCGGAUGGCUCAUCUCCCCGCCCCCUCCCCCCGCCCGGCUCGUCUCCCUCGGUUUGAAUUCGAACCCAGCUGGGCACUUUCUGAGCUCCGCGACCUUGGGCAACCAACUGACCUCUCUGAGCCUGUUUUGCAAAGUGGGGCUAGUGGCACCUGGUUCCUUGAAUUGUCGCGACAAUCCGCUAGAACAUGUAAAAGGCUAUGCAAACCCUUAAAGUACACACCCGUGAGAGCAUCCCUGGUAAAAAUGCAGAUUCUCCCAGUUAACACCUUCCUUACCACUUUACACCCUCUUGGUCACAUUAUAAGGAUCACCCCAUACUGGGCAGAAGCACUGGAAUUGGCCAUUGACAGCGGUGGAUUGGGUGGUCAUCCCAGUCCAGGAGCCCAGGGUAUUGUCAACAGCGGCCUGAUCCCCUCCCUGGUGUGGAAGCUGCAGAGGGAGGAGGAAGAGAUCCAAGGGCUCCUCCUGGACACACUGGCGGCCUGCCUGAUGGAGGAUGCCACUGAGGCGCUGAGUACCCGCGUGGUGCCCUUCCUGAAGCAGAAGCUCCUCAGCACCGACGAUGACAUUCGCAGCAAAGCUGCCCGCACGCUCAUGGUGGUCAGCAUCCCUCUGGAGGGCAAGAACCAGGUGUGGCAGCAUGACGUCAUCCCCAUCCUGGUGCACCUGCUCAAGGACAAGGUGGAGGAGGUACAGGCCAAUGCCGCCGGGGCCCUCAUGUAUGCUGCGGUCACCACCCAAGGGAAGUAUGCCGCCCUGGACAUAGAAGCCAUCCACCCCCUCCUGAACCUGCUGUGCUCAUCCUUGACCAAGGCACGCUUGAAUGCCACCAAGGCCCUCACCAUGCUGGCUGAGGCCCCUGAGGGCCGCAAGUUUCUGCAGUCUCAGGUGCCCAUCUUCCGCACCCUCGAGGAAGACCGCAGUGAGGCAGUGCGGCGGGCAGCCCAGAUCGCCAUCAAAGUCAUUGAAUGGAAACCCUGAGCUGCUUGUUGGCCCAGAAC